AGAAGUCUGGUCACUGCAACAACUACCUGAAGAAAGACAGAAGAAAUUUCUGAUCUUCUUGGAAACAAAAGAGAUGAUUCUGCCAGUGGUGUUCCUGUGUCUCACAGCUGUACUACCUCCAUCCACUGCACAGGAACCUGAAGGUGUCGAUGCUCUGUCAACGAGCAGAGUAGAUCAGCAAAAGCUGAUUGUUGAUAGACAUAAUGCCCUCAGGAGAGGAGUAAAACCAACUGCCAGCAACAUGAUGAAGAUGGAAUGGUGUCCUCUGGCUGCAGAGAAUGCUCAAAAAUGGGCCAACCAAUGUACUUUAAGUCACAGUCCUCCUAAUCUGAGGAGAACAGAUGUACUAUGUGGUGAAAAUCUCUUCAUGUCAACCUCCCCAUUCUCAUGGUCAGAUGUUCUUCAGACUUGGUAUGAUGAGGAGAAAAAUUUCAAAUAUGGAACUGGAGCAAAAACAAGAGGUGCUGUGAUUGGCCAUUACACUCAGAUGGUUUGGCACAGUUCCUAUAAAGUUGCAUGUGGUCUCGCUUCCUGUAGCAACAGCAGAUUCAAAUACUUUUAUGUCUGCCACUACUGCCCCAUGGGGAAUCUACUAAGUUCCAUGAAGACACCCUACAAGGAAGGAGAGCCCUGUGGGGAUUGCCCUAAUGCUUGUGAGGAUGGAUUGUGCACCAAGUCUUAAAAGUUUGAAGAUGUUUUUUUCCAACUCCCUUGGCAAAGUCUCCUGGAAGUACCCAGAGCUUUGUCAAGUUCAUCACCCUGGUUCCUGCCAAUGCAAAACUGAAACAAAGUAACAGGCUCAGCUUUUCCCUUCCUGGACAUCCAUCCCCUUUGUGACUUCUUUCACAAAAAACUGCUCCCAUCCAGCCUCUCCCACACAUGCAGAAGGAUCAACUUCAGUCCAGUGACUCCCACAAGAAAAAGCUGUUGGAGGAUGUAUAUUCUAUUUGUGUAAUGGUCUAGAACACAGAAGUCUCAAUUGAAAUUUGUCAUUUGAUUGCGAGAUAUAUUUAAUUUUUAGCUUUUCUUAUCUUUCUUUUCCCAAAACACUGCCUAAUGAGCAUUGUUUAAAGUUCUGUGGUUCCAUAUGUUUCAUAUGUUCUCAGUAUAAAUGGAGGGUGUAACUAGUUUAACUUGAUGGACAUUUUAAAUUAAUGUACUGUUAACAGGACCAGAAAAUAAACAAGAUUGUUUGAAACAUGUUUCUCUUAUAGUAUAAGAUUGCACUUAGCAUAAAUACAGGUACCCAAACCUGCCUUCUAAUGAAAAAAGACUGUCUGAAAUAAGGGCUUUAUUCACAUUAACAGACAGUCAAGGGGGAAAGGUCCCUGUGUUUGGGAACUUUGUCUUUAUUAACUAUAGAGGUGCCUUUCAAAAUUAUUUUUGUAAUAUCUUCUUUUGCUGUAUCAGUUAUUAAAUUACUCAUUCUUCACUGACUAA